AUGAUGAGGCUCAGUAAUAGAAGGUGUGUGUCUGAGGGGUUCAAAACAUUUCUGAACAGUAUACAAAGGUACAGAUUGCUAAAUAAAGACGAUAAGGAGAAACUGCUAUCUCAACACAAUCUACAGAAUGUUUCGUCCCGUGAAAUGACUGAGAUAAACAAAAAACUGGACCUUCCAGAUCACACACCAGCAUCGCACAGAGACCAAGAGUUGAAAGGAUUAGACAAUUCUGAUUUAAUAAAAAGAGAAUUGAGCAGACAAAUGAGUUCUGGGUUUAAACAGAGAAGGAUUGUAGUAAAAAAUAAGACCUUUACAGGGAGAAGUAAAUUUUUUAUGGGCAUCGAUCCUACUAAGGAACUGGAUCCAAUUGAAAUAAAAUAUGAUAUAUUCUCAUCGGAAAAUGAAACGGAAUCGUUGGUUUCAGACGUAAAAAAGGCAUCCAAAUACGAACAAGUCCAGAAAAUAUUGGAAGAAUCAAGACCAGUAUCACAGCACGUGUUAACGGAUAAUUUCAUGGAUGUGCUCUCGAGAGCAAUAGAAGAAAAUUUAUCAAACCUGGAGAGACCUGUGCUGACAAAUGAGUUGUCAGACUACAAGGCAGCAUAUGCCAUGAAGAGGGCGUCCUUGCGCAACUUACUCAUAAACAAGUGUGUGAGAAACGCAUUCGAGGAAAGUAGAGUGGAUAAGUUUAUAGAUUCUCAGAAGAGUGCAUACAGCCAGAGACUAAACGCUCCAUUACCACCUGAGGUCUUAGAGCCGAUCGCAGCAUUCAGAGGAGACGUUUACUAUUCAUUUUCGCCGAUGCAGAGACUCCAGGAUAAAUUGAAUGGAAUCAACAGGCUGAUAGACGGAAUAGCAUCAGACGAAGAAAUAGUGUCAAAGCUGCCUGAAUUUGAGAGAAAAUCUGAUUACCCAUUUGAUAACUACUACGGAUUCAAGUCGGAAGUGCCGAAUGAAGUAACAGGGUCGAUAAAAAUGGGAAAGAAACCGAACGAAGAGGCGCUGAGGUACCCGAACCUGCAGUGUGUAGCACACUCGUUGCCAAAGGACCGCAAAUACAGAACAAUAGUGGCGCACUCAAUCAAAGUGUUGGAAAGAGCGAGAGGAUGGGACCACCUGAGCAAAGUUAAGGCCAUAAAUAAGCUCGUGGAAGUGUACAAUAACAUGAGUUCGUCAAGUUACUACCGAAAAGUCAUGGAAGACUCGGUUCCAACGGAAGAUGAGAGGCCAAAAGUGGUUAAAACGCUGACUCGACAAGAAGUGUUCAAUAAAGGACUAAAGUACAUACCGUCUCUGUUCCGAAAUCAUUGGAACCGAGUGAAAAGAAAAAAUUAA